AAUGAAAUUCCCAUGCUAACUGGCGAAUAUUUGAAUUUAUUUAAUACAUUUGAUAUUUUUGAUAAUUAGGUCAUGCAACUUAGUCGCCGUUAUUGGCAAGUUGAGGGUAGAAGCUGAUGAAACAAGUCUUGAAAAAUCGAGAUAUUUUACGUUACACUAUAUGGUAGCUGUAACACUGAAAAUGUUCCGCACAUCAAGAACGUCAUUCCUGAACAAUGGACGUACAAAGACACCAGUUGAGGGCCUGUUCUGUAUGUACAGUCAUAGAGUGUGCAUGCAAAACCGACUUGAGGGGUACGAGUACUGCCUAAAACAUAUAUUAGAAGACAAAAAUGCACCUUUCAAACAGUGUAGUUAUACAUCGGGCAAGCUUGGGAAAAGAUGUACAAAUGCUUCACCAAAGUCAGACAGAAAAGACGGGUACUGUGUUGAGCAUGCAAGAAGAGCCAUGUUGAUAAGACAGAGAACAGCAAGGAAAAAACGUCCAAAAGAAAGUCCUGAAACGCUGCUGGAGGGCCUUGAUCAGUACACUACGUUUGGUCGAGGACAUUAUGAUGGACAUAAAGAAAAGUCAUUCACUGUUGCCAGUAAAGCCUUAGAAUAUGCCAGUUCAAGUGAUUCGGAUGCAGAGACUCCAGUUGUUGACCAGGCAUGGCGAGGAGAUGGGGACAGUGAUGCAGAAAGUGUCGACAGUGAGCAGGAGGAUCUACUCAAGCAUGCAGGUGUUUACACAGCUGAAGAGGUUGCUCUGAUAAUGCGUGACAAAUUGAUACGACUACAGUCUCUCUAUAUAGACCAAUUCAAACGUUUACAGCAUGUAAUGAAAGAAAAAAGGCGCAAAUAUCUACACACUGUUGACGUUGAGAGAGAAAUGUUAGGUGGUGUUGGUCAGUAUGCAAAGGAUGUAGAUAGCCAGGAGAACUGGAAUAGAUAUACUGCAAUGAAGAGAUAUCACCGACGAUUUGGUGGUGAGGCAUUGUUACACCGCCAGUCUAAGGAGCGACGUAUAGCUGUUUCAGAGGGUAGUAACUACAAACCACCAGCACUUAAUAAAUGUAAUUAUAUACAACUGGGAGAGAAGUGCCAGAACCCAAUCAUUCCCCUCUCAAAAUACUGCCUGACACAUAUUUUACAUGAUUCUCACCAAGUGUUGUUCAGAAAAUGUAGGUUUGGCGACGGAGAAUGCGGUCAGCCAGUAGCAACACAAGAGGAUGUUCCAUACUGUAGUCUACACCCAAGACUUCCCAAGGACUUGGAUACAAGCAGUGCUAGUCUCUCUGAAAGUACAGCCAAGAUUGAAACUCCCACUGAGGAUAUCAUAGAUGUUACAACAGAUGUUCCCAUGGAAACAGGACAUGCUUUGUCCAAAAAUCACAUUGCUGUGGAGACAAAUGAGCAUAAACAAGGAACCAGUUCUCCGGGAGAACCAGUGUCAGAAGAGGCACUCAUGAAAAAGGGGAAAUACCUUUUCCAUCAUCUGAAGAACUUAGAUCCACAUACUGGCGAAUUUACCUCCCCUGAACCAAGUUCUGUAGAAAAAUGAAGUAUCCAGAUAUACACAAAACACUUAAAAAAUAACUUGAAAAUAAUCCAUUUGCUACACAUUUAUGUGCUAAGAGUAAGAAUUGUCACUUACUUUAGAAGUUCUGUUGAGUUUUUCAGUUUUGGUUGAGUGUUGGAGACAAAAAAUACAAGUGAAGACUUGUCUUUUACUACACAGACCAAGUGCUUAAUAAAUGUUUAUAAUUGUUAUGAUGGAAAAUUAAUAAAAAUAGAUAUUAACAUGAAA